AUGGAAUUUUGCCCGACGUGUGGAAUUUUAUUGAAAUACGAGCAGCCAAGCAUGGGUCAGCCAUCCAGAUUUUAUUGCUCUACUUGCCCCUAUUUUUGUUCUAUAGAGACCCGGGUUAAGAUAAAGAGGAAACAUCAGCUGGUGAAAAAAGAAGUAGAGCCAGUUUUUACCCUUGCUGAUAUGAUGAAAGGCGGUUCUGAAACUGAUAAUGUAACGUGUCCUCAUUGCAACUUUGGAAAGGCCCGUUUCCAUGAGCUACAGAUUCGGUCGGCCGAUGAGCCUGCGACUUUGUUUUUCUGUUGCAUGAAUGAUAAGUGCUCAAAGAUGUGGCGUGAGAAUUAG